AUGGGAAGUGGCGACGGAUUAGGAGAUAAAUACGACCAUGAGCACGCUCUAGAGGAAUGUGCGGAAUAUUCAGAUCGUCAUAAACAGUUUAUCAAAGAUAACCUACAGGCCGUGAAGAAACAAUGUAAAGAGUUUAAAGUGUGUUUAAAUGAGCUGUAUUCACAAGAGAAUAUUCAUCUGAUUCUACAAGGAGGUGAUAUAGAUCUUAGACUGAUAUGUGGGUUCCUGUACCCCGAUACAACCAAUACCACCACAGCCUCGUCCCAAUGUCAGGAUAAAGAGAGAAAGUCUAUUAAAGAAGAUGUCAGCAAAAAGUUGAAGGACUCCAUGGAACUAGAAGGGGACCACCAUGAUGGCGAAAACGAGUGGCAGGACGUCAAAGACUGUCUACAUAACGAAACGAUGGAAUCUCACAAUAAACCAGUAGAUCAUCUCGACCAGAUUUGUCGACUAGCAGAUCGACAAGAAGAAGAUAUUUGUAAUUCUCGAGUCCAUCAUCGUAUUGAAAGUUUUCUCAAUCAUCAGCUAGAACAUAUACAGUGUACCUGUAACUCCUUAAAGAAGAUCAGUCCCAGGUUCCCGUUCAGGUACCGAGCCGCCAUUGGUGCUGGUGGUCUGUUAUUCAUUAUUCUAUUAAUAGUAACGAUUAUCUGCUGUUGUAAACGACGAAAGAAAAACAAGAAAAAAAGAAAACUAAGGGAAGAGUCCCUAAUGAGAGUAAAUUACCAUCUGAGUCGAGCCAGCGGAAGUCGGGAACAGUUGGAGAUUACUGAAGACCCGUAUUCAGAACCGAUAUACAAUAAAUCUCGAGGAACAGUUCCCGUUAAGCCUCCAGAGUUACCUCCGAGAUACUCAAAAUACCCACAAGAAGGCAAAAAGGAUUCUACCCACGACUAUCUGCUACCAGACGACCUUCCGCGCCACAGUCCUGUACCGGAUAAAUCAAUACUGACGUCGGAACGGAGAGGUGCGGACGGAGCGUCCAUAGAGGACAUAAGCGGAAGGGUGGAGAUGCCGCGACCAGCAGGGUAUGAUCCCUUGGGGCCUCGGGACAAAGAGAAUGAAUACUCUGUAGCCUCUGAUAUGGAGGGUGAUUAUAGGCCCGUCCCUGAGUCGGAACAGGACUACAGUAAGGCUGGUCAUAUAGAUGACCCCACCCCUAAAAAUACUUAUUUCGUUUUGGAGGACGAUACUAUCGAACAGCUCAAAUUGUAA